CAUAUUCUACCUACUGUCUAUUCCUUGAAAGAAUAAAACUACUGAAUAAUUGUUUGUGUUUGAAGUAUUAGGAAUUUAUUUUAUAUUUGUGUUGGACGUACUUUUUACGUAUGACUACCCUUUUCUGAAACCUGCUCCGGCGAUAGCUGUAACCUCCAUGCACACUGAAUAUAUUUGAAAAAGAAAGUCCUUUCAGUCUAUACGCGACUCUCGUGCAAUCGUGAUACUACUUCUAUGAAAUAUUAUAGUUGAACAAAUUUAAAUACAUGUUUUAGUAAUUUUUUACGUCGUCGAAAAAAUAUUUAAGAUUAAAUAUUAAAAUAAUACAAAAUUAAUCAAUCUCAUAAAAAAACAACAUGAACGGACAUAGGAUAAUCAAGCUUUAUUAUUGUUUGAUGAUUUUUACGUUCUUUUGCCUGAACAUAUUACAAACGAAAGCAGGAAUUUCAGCUAUAUUGAGAGACACGGGAGUGAUUCCGGCAGUACCGAUGACGGAUUUGAAAGAGACAGCGACAGACGGACCAGAAUUGGCUAGAAUUUUCUACUCAGCAAUAGGCAACUUUGUCGAAGCCGUUCCUGUUUUCCCGAUCACGUUCAACGUACCCGACAUGAUGACCGCUUUCGGUGGAUUGCUGUCGGGCAUGUACAAUUACAUUACCGGGAAUGGCAGCAGUGGAGAAUCACAACCCAAAGACGUCUUCGGAGCCAUGCUCAACAUCUAUAGGCACAUAGCUGUACAAGAGGACAUUCACGAUUUUGAGUUCAUGACGUAAAAUAUUGUAGCAUGAUAAACAUAUACUUACCUAAUAUUUAAUAUCGUGAUUAGGAGGAGGAGGAGAAAGAGAGUAUAAAGUCGUCAUCGUCAUCGUCGUCGUCGUCGUCGUCACCAUCAUUUUUUUCGUUUUCUUUUUUCUUUUAAGUGCGUCAUAGUAUUGUUAUAUAAAACACACAUUAAUAUUUAAAUUAAGUGAAAUAUAUUCUGUUGACUAAUUCAACAACAUCUUCGAACGUCUGUAAAACAUUGUCCCCCAACAUAUCCGGGGUAAAAUACCCCCCCCCCCCACAAUAAUGCUAUGUUUAUGUAUAUUUAUUAUUUAGAAAUUUAAUAUUAACAUUUUACUCCCACCGUGAGAUUAAGUAGGUGCGUGAAAUUUUAAACACAAGAAAGCACCUACCUACCUAAUUACAUAGUACCUACAUUUAAAACUUGAUUUAUUAUAGCUGCCUUCUUAGCAUAUUAUGUUAUUGUAUUUAAAUCUGAUUGGUAGUAUUAUCCCGAUUGAUAUUUUUCUUUAUUUUUCUUUUACUUUCUCGUUAUUAUUGUGUAUAUUUUUAGAUCCACUUUUUAAUUUUUUAUUAUAAUUAAUGGUAUAGGUAUGUGUUAUGUGUAUACGAGAUACACGAGAGCCGCCGUCUACCGACUGGCCAUACCUGCAGUCAACAUUAACGAUACAUAUUUAAAACAAUAUAUUUAAAAUCGACUGAUGAUAAAUAAUAAUGUAGACAUGUAGUAAUUUAAAUAAUUU